AUGUCGGUAGCAAACGGAUUAAAACUUUAUUCUUGUAGUACUCCUAACGGAUACAAGGUAUCUGUCUUAUUAGAAUUGUUGGGCCUUAAAUAUGAUUCCCAGUAUAUUGAUAUCAGUAAGAACGAGCAAAAGGAAGAUUGGUUUCUAAAGUUGAAUCCUAAUGGUAGGAUUCCAACGUUAGUUGAUUCGAGCACUGGAAUCACUAUCAGUGAAACCGCAGCAAUUAUGCAAUACCUUGUUGAUACAUACGACAAAAGUCACAAAUUCUCAUACGAGGUUGGUACCAAGAAUUACUACUUGCAAUUGGAAACGUUGUACUUCCAAAUGGCAGGUCUUGGCCCAAUGCAAGGCCAGGCGAACCAUUUUGUUAAGUUCGCGCCUGAGAAAAUUGAAUAUGGUGUUAAAAGAUAUACAGCUGAAACACAGAGAUUGUAUUCAGUUGUUGAGGAAUACUUGAGACGUAACCAGAGUAAUGGCUUAUACCUUGUGGGCGAUCACUAUUGUAUUUCUGACAUCGCCGUCUAUUCGUGGGCCAAGUUUUUGACUGGAAUUGACAUUGAUAUCAAACAAUGGCCAUUGACAAGUAAAUGGUUUGAUGCCUUAGAUAAGUUGCCAGAAGUUCAAAAGGGGUUUACCGUACCUAGGGAAUCACCUUUCCUCAAAAAGAACUAG